AUGUUCUAAAAGAAACUACACUAAAAAACCUAAUCAACUGAAUUGUCUAAUCAGGCACUAAUGAAUUAUUUAUCUACUAGAGAAGCUGUAAAUGCUAGAAUCUCUAAUUCUCCAACAUUUCAAUUUGAGUUAAAAAAAUAAAUAGCUCCUCAAUCAAGUCCUUAGUUGAAAUCAAAUAGUUCUUAACCAAACUUAAAAUUAUCAUCAUAAUAGUAAUUAAACACAUAAUCUAGGUAAAACUUAAUAAAAUUAUAACAAUAAAAUGUGUUCUAAUCAAAAGGGUUCAUGUCGCCUAAAGUAAUCAGUUAAGAAAGGUUGAAUCAGAAAGUAUAAGUGAAAAGUAAUGCAAAUCACAUGAAAACACAACCUAACUCUAAUCAAAAUUCAUAAAUAAAAAUCAAAUCAAUUGAAAAUGUAUUAGAUGAAUAUACUAUCAAAUGUAUUGAUGUUUUAUAACUCAAAGCUCCAAAAUAACUAUCACAAUAGGAUACUAUGAAAACACUACCUUUUUCUGCAUCCACCAAGGCAGAUUAAAACUUAAAAUAAAAGGCCCUAUAAGCAAUAUAAGAAAUGAAAUAAAAACAAUCAUUAGACCUAAUAUCGAGAUUGAACCUUUAAAAGCCUUCCUCAAUAUAGAGUGCCAAAAAUCAAUCAUAAUAAAUUCCAUCAUUGGGAAAAUUAGAAGGACAAUUGAAAUUCCAUUAGAAAUCUAAUAGUGCAGAAUUUAUUGAAACAUAAAAAUUCUAAACUCAUGCAAAUUCUUAGCCUCUUUUAGAAUUUGCUUUUGAUAAGAAGAAACCAAUAACAACAAGAAAAUGUCAAUAAGAACUCAUUGCGAUAGUUGUUCAAUACAAGUCAUUUUAAUAAAAAAUGACUAUUGACAUCUCUACAAAUAAAAUAUCUUGGCUUGUAGAAACCGUUAGAUAAGAAUUAAUGAAUCAUUUUGGAAACUCAUUUUAACCAAUAAUAGGAAUUAAGACAGUCAAUAUAUCUAUACCUAUAGAUUACAUACUUUCUAAAAUUGAAAGACCUUUAUCUUUAUUAUCCAAUUGUCCACUAUAGCCAUUAGUCCUUGAACCUAUUAUUGAUUCUGAAUAGGAACUCAAAUAGACUCGGGUUAGUUUGAGAGACUUUGAAUUUAUUCGAUGCAUCGGUGUUGGAGGUUUCUCAAAGGUUUAUUUGGUAAGAGAAAAAAGGACAGGGUAAUUUUAUGCUAUGAAAUUGGUUGAAAAAAAGCCAAUAAUGCAACAAAAUAAACAAAAUAUUAUUCAAAAUGAGAGAGACAUAAUGUCUUAAUUAAAUCAUCCCUUUAUCGUUAAAAUGCAAUAUGCAUUUGAAUCUAGAAAAUACUUAGUUUUUGUAUUAGAAUAUUGUUCUGGAGGUGAAUUAUUUUAUCUGUUAAGAAAAGUUAAAAAAAUGAGUGAGGAAGAAGCCUUUUUUUAUUUCGCAGAAAUCUGUUUGGGAAUGAAGAAUUUACAUGAUAACAAUAUCAUUUAUAGAGAUAUCAAACCAGAAAACAUUUUAAUUGAUUUUGAAGGGCAUGUUAGAAUAGCUGAUUUUGGUUUAUCGAAGCCCCAAAUGGAAAAUUAAGAUAUAGCCUAUUCAUUUUGUGGAUCACCUGAAUACAUGGCUCCAGAAAUGUUAUUAAAAUAAGGUCAUACAUUCUAAUUGGAUCUUUAUUGUUUAGGGGCCUUGCUUUAUGAAUUAAUAACUGGUUUACCACCAUUUUAUUCUAGAAAUACAGAUGAGAUGUAUCAAAAAAUACUGAAUUAAAAAUUGAGUUUUCCAUCCUAAUUGCAAAUGUCAUAAUUAUUAAAAGAUUUAUUGAGUAGCUUAUUAGCAAAGACACCUAACAAAAGAAUAGAUGAUAUUGAAUCUCUUUUAAAGCAUCCAUGGAUGACUUAGUGGAGUGAUAAGAAUUUGUAUAAGGAUUUCUUGAUGAAAAAGGUUAAUCCUCCAUUUAAACCAGAUUAUUUUACAUUCAAUUUCGAUGAGGAAGAAUUUGGUAAAGGUGAAAGUGAAUUUCUUAUGUAAAUCAAACCACUCUAAUAAAAUUUGUUAGAAAACUUUCCAAAAGAAAUCCUACUUAAGAAUUAUUAUUAUAAUCAUAAUGAAAGCCAUGUAGCUGAGAGCACUGGCGGUACAAACUUGAAUGCAAAAUUAUAAGAGGAACUGUAAUCUUAUGAAACUUAAAGAUAGAAAUCAAAAAGAUUAACUACUUUCGAUGAUGAAAAUACUAAUUAUGUUAACGAAUAAAAAGUUUUCUUAUUAAAUUAACUAAGAUUAUAAAAGGAGAAUGAAUUAAAAAGAAAGUCUGCAGUAUGA